AUGAUCGCGCCCACUCGCCCCAUGCAACUGCGGCAGUUUACCCCCAAAGACUUUGAGGAGGUCGUCACCUUGUGGAGCGGCUAUACUACCCGUGAUCUCAUCGUCGAGUCUCCCUUCUACACCAAGACAACCAUCGUAGUCGAUCCUCGCGCGAAGGCUCAGUUCCCCGAGAAGAGGGAGAUCACCGAGCGUGUUGUGCACGCCGUACACCCGAUUCCUCGUAAGCAGCUUCAGAAUCUGGGACCAGUCUGCCUGCACAACCUAGGCGCGGGAUUGGAGGAGGAGCGAUGGGAUGUCAACAGGUCUCCCGAGUUUAACGAUCGCGUGCAGGAAACCCUGGCUCGCAUUGACGACGCGUUGGAGUUCAUUUUCCGUGUUCAUUUGCCGGGUACUCGGAUUUUCAGCGGAAGACAGCCUUCUGUGUCGUAA